AUGGCCACCCAGUCGUGUUUGGAGAAGGAGCAGAAGCCACAGUCGGGUGAGAUGCCCACAGGGCCAAAUAAUGAGGUUGCCUCUGCCCCUGGUGACGCCCACGGGGCCGAGAACACCAGUCCUGGUGCCUUGGUCCCAGCGGUCUUGACCAACCCCUCUCUCUUGGGUGGUGGCGCUGUGGGUGGUGGCGCCCCGCAUGGUGGCACAGCAGGUUCCUCAUUCUGCAACGUGGCUACCACCGCCAUUUUGCUCACUGGGGAGGAGCCAGGGGAGUCCUCCGUGGAAGGUGUACAGGGGAGGGGGUGCCCUGACUUCCAGGGUGGUGAGAGUCCCCACGGGGAGCUGAGCUGUAUGGUGCCCCGGGCGGGCCAAGGCAUCCAGAUGGAGCCUGCUCGCAGUGGGGCUGCCAUUGGUCAAGCCUCGGGGGGCAUUGACCAGCAUUCCACUCAGAUAGCUAGCCCAGGGAAGGGCUGUGGGAGGAAGCGGCUCAGCCGCGAGGAGGCUGCCAUGGCUCAGAAGCCUCCUCAAUGCUGUCUGUUUCCAGUGGCUGCUAUGCCCCCAAGGUCCGAGUCUUUGCCGCCAUCUUCUCCAAGGUCUCAACCCAGCAACUCGGCUUCUCUGAGGAACCACGCGUCGCAGCUGGGUCCUGGCCCUCACCUCCCCAGCGGUGCAGCCGUGCAACACCCUGCGCCCCAGGGCAGCAUCACCCCAUCAGGUCCUGUUCUCUGCAGUCAGGCAGCCAGGCCAGGCCCUACUCUCCCGCAUCGCGACCGCCCUGCUUCCACUCCUGGCCCGGAUCUUCGCGGCUGCCCUGCUUCCACGCCUGGCUCUGCUCGCCGCCGCCACCGCCUUGGUUCUACGCCUGGCCCUGAUCAUCGCGGCCUCCCUGUUUCCGUGCCUGGCCCUGCUCGUCGCAGCCGCCCUGCUUCCGUGCCUGGCCCUGCUCGUCGCGGCCGCCCUGCUUCCUCGCCUGGCCCGGAUCUUCGCGGCCGCCCUGCUUCCACGCCUGGCCCUACUCGUCGCCGCCGCCGCCUUGGUUCCACGCCUGGCCCUAAUCAUCGCGGCCGCCCUGCUUCCACUCCUGGCCCUGAUGAUCGAAGGUUUUCCAGCCAGAGCAGCUCAAGUUCUCUUGAAUCCGAGGCCCCAAGUGUUACUCCGCCUCGAGUUUGGCAUGCAGUCCGUAUGCGUGCCUCCUCACCCUCACCUCCUGGUAGGUUCUUUACUUUCCCUAGGGUGUAUUUUGAGAAUUCAUCCUCUUCCUCUUCCUCUGACUCCCCUGGGUCUUCUGACCAGAGCCCUCCCUCCUCCCCCACUAAUCUUUGUGAUGGGAGAUACCCUCCCUCUUUCGCUAGGGUUUGUGGUCAGGGUUCCAUCUCCACUCCUAGGCCUUCUGGCGUUAGGCGUAUCUUGCUGCCAGAGCUUGAAGCCCUGAGCCCUCUCUCCUCAGAAGAGCCUGCUGAAAUACGGAGCCCGCCUCCCUCUCCUCCACCUCCCAUGCUAUGA